CACACCCCGCCGUCUGCGAUAACUAGCAGCCCUCCCCACCCGCUGCUCUAAUCCUCAUCACCCUCCGGCAGCCCUCCGCCGUCUUCGUUUUUUGGGAACGCGCACGCAGCCGUUGCCAGUCAGUGCUCGUCCGUGCAAUCGCCGUCGAGAAACGCGCUUCUGCACCUGCCAUCGACAUUGCCGAAACGAGAUCUCCACACCGCCAGUCCGGCCCACACCGGUACUUCGCUACAAGACCACCGCGCCCCUCGCCAUGGACUUUUCCCACACUAACCACCAGAGUCACAUGGAUUUUCACCGGCCCUCGUCGACCCUCAGCAGCAACGACCGGAAAACCAGCUUCUUCGACGACCAGCAGACCCUGGACGCCGCCAUCCUGGACACGCCCACCCUGAUGUCGCCCACCACCUCGACCCAGGGCAUCUUCUCGCCCGACGCCUCCAUCUGGGAGGACUUCUCGCAGGGGCAGUUCGUUGACCGCACUGCCAGCAGUUCCGUCGUCAACUCCAACAUGAACAACCCCUUCUUCACCGAGCAGAGCAACAACCCCUUCGCUCGCCUGCCCCCCAACCAGGCCGCCACCUACGGCCAGCAGUCGUGGCCCAUGGACACCUCCGGCAUCCGCACCCCGACCGCCCCCAAGCCGUCGAAUCCCUUCGGCCCCGGCGACUUCGGCGUCCAGCCGGCCUUUGCACCCCAGCCCCAGCAGCAGAUGUUCCACGGACUCCCCGAUGCCAACGUCCGCCCCAGUGCUGUCUUCCCUAACGCUGUCGCUGACCAGCCCAUGUCGCCGCACACCCACUCGGACUGGAUGGCCUUCAACCAGCAGGAGAUGGACUCACGGCCCGGGCCGAAGCGCAUGCGCCCCAACACUCCGCCGCCCCGUGGCUUCUCCCCCCGCCGUGACGGCGGCAUCCGCAAGAAGAACGCCCGCUUCGACAUCCCCGCCGAGCGCAACCUCUUCAACAUCGACCAGCUCAUCGCCGGCUGCACCAACGAGGAUGAGAUGAAGGAGCUCAAGCAGCAGAAGCGCCUCCUCCGCAACAGACAGGCCGCUCUUGACUCGCGUCAGCGUAAGAAGAAGCACACUGAAGAGCUCGAAGAGGAGAAGAAGGGCUGGAUCGAGAAGAUGUGCGGCAUGCAGGACGACUUCGCCACCAUGCGCAUUGAGUAUGAGCAGCUCGUCGCCGAGAAGGAGAACUGGCAUCGUGAGUCCAUGGACAUGCAUCACAUGAUCAACCAGCUGCAGUUCGACAAGGAAGAGCUUGUCCGUAACCACACUCUCGAGACCGGUGAGCUUCGCAAGAAGGUUGCCGUGCUCACUGAGCGUCUUGAGGCCAGCUCCAACAGCAUGGCCGUCGCACCCAGCACCACCUUCACCGACUUCGCCUCGGAGAUGGACAACCUCAACAUGGGCGGCAACGAGUGGGACAACUACAUCUUCGUCAACGACUUCGCUGCCGACGGCCAGACUCCCCAGGAACAGCCCAUGGCUAUCGUGCCUCGCGCCAAGGAAGAGAAGGAGCCUGUGGCUUCGGGUCUUCUGCUGAUGCUUCUCCUGUGUGGUGCCUUCGUCGCCAGUAAGUCUGGCUCCGGCGCCGCGCCGACGAUGCCCCGCAUGCCUGAUGAGGUCCGUGCUGCCUCGGCCGACGUUCUCGACAGCAUCCUCAAGGAUGCUGGUGUCUCUUCUGCGUUCACCGAGCAGGGCCUCAUCGCCAACGCUGUGACUGGUCUGGAGCCUACUCCGUCCGGCAUGGCCUGGCCCAAGGCUACCGUCUCCGGCUCUGAGCUCUCUGGUUCUCGUCUCGAUCAACUCCACUCUCAGCUUGCUGCCCCGACCAAGGAGCAGGAGGCCGAGCAGCUGUUCUCCAUCACGCCUGCGCAGUACAACAGCAUGACCUCGCUCGACUUCACCCGCCCCCGCUACAGCAUCGGCAGUGACGAUGUCAGUGACCCGCUCUCGCCCUCGCAACCAUCGCACCGCCGCAAUCUCGCCGCCACGCUUGCUGCCAUGCGCGAGCACAACAAGGGUGACUCCGCCGCCGAGGUCUACACGCGCAGCCUGCUCUGGGACAAGAUCUCACCCGAGGUUGUCCACGAGUUCAAGCGCAUUGUUGAGGAGUCGACUGCCAUGUCGCGCCCCAGCACCGCCGACGGCCUCAAGGCCGAAUAAACACCCCCACACCACUCCUGUCCGACACGUCGCGACUUGCCUCAGUUUGAACUAGCAUAGCGCUUUCUUUCUUUCCGCCCGAGCCGGGCUUCCUUUGACAACCUGCAUCGUCGGCUCCGCCGCCUUCUCCUUCUCGCUGGCCAUUUCUACAUUUAGGACGGCAACGUCGGCACUUUCGAUUACAUCGCUAGCAUACACGGCGGUUGCACUUUGCUUCGGGGUCCGCCGU